GUUGCGUGCCGAGGGAGAGUGUGAGGUGAGUGUAUGGACGCCGCUAGUGUUGACAAGUGUGGCUCGCCGCCCCCAGACACCAGCCGUGUGGCCGCCCUUCUCUCACCCCACCACCGUCACCAGGGACCACCAGUGACCGCCACGAGGCCCCGCACCCGCCAGUAGUGGCCGCCACGCCCCCGCCACCCACACAACAUGUCCACCCGCAGCACCAGGAAGGUGACGGUCACUUCGAGCUCCUCCACCAGCAGCAGCACCUCCGCCGCCGCCGCCACAGAGACCCCUAAAGCCACCAGGGAUGCCGGCACCUCCAAGACCCCAGGCAGCGGGUAUGGCCGCGCCCGCUCCUCCCCUCUGAGCCCUACGCGGCUCUCCCGCCUGCAGGAGAAGGCGGAGCUGCAGAGCCUCAAUGACCGCCUCGCCGCCUACAUCGACCGGGUCCGGCAGCUGGAGUGCGAGAACAGUCGCCUCAACAUGCAGGUGGAGACGAUCCAGGAGUCUGUGACGAAGGAGGUGGUGUCGAUGAAGGGGUUAUACGAGCAGGAGCUGAGUGACGCCCGCAGACUGCUCGACGACACCGCCAGGGAGAAGGCCCAGCUCCAGAUCGACGUCGGCAAGAUCAAGACCGACAAUGAGGACCUGCGGAUCAAAUUGAUGAGGAAGGAGCGAGAUCUGGCCGCAGCCGAGAAGGCCCUGCACGCCGCCGAGGGCCAAGUGGCCGAUCUCAACACCAAGCUGAACAGCUCGGAGUCAGAGAGAAAAAAACUUAUCAACGAAAUCAGGGAGUUGCGUGAGGAGGUGGCCAGAUUGAGCCGACAACUUACCGAGGCCAAACAGCAGCUGGAGAGCGAGACGUUGAUGCGAGUGGACCUGGAGAACAGAUGUCAGUCUCUGAAGGAGGAGCUGCAGUUCAAGCAACAGUUACAGGUGUAUGAGCAAGAGGUUACAGAGACUAAGAAGAGGAAACAUGUGGAGCUUUCCGAAAUUGAUGGACGCCUACAGGGAGAGUAUGAAGCCAAGCUUCAAGAAGCUCUGAAGGAGCUCCGAGAUAAUUACGAAGAGCAGCUGAAGAACAACCGCAACGAGGUCGAGUUCCUAUACGAGACGAAGAUUGAAGAACUAAACCGACGUGACCAGCGGGUAACAGAGGACACUGAUGCCCUCACCAGUUCACUGCGUGACUCCAAGAGAAAGGUGCAAGAGCUUCAGUCCCGACUCACCUACCUCGAGAGCACGAACCAGACAUUGGAGCAACGUGUUGCUGAUCUGGAGGCUCAGCUGGAGUCUGAGAGAGAUACACACGCAGCGGAAGUCUUGGUGCUGAAGGAGGAGAUCACGCGCCUGCAGAACGAGAUGGCCAUGCAGCUCCAGGAAUACCAGGACCUUAUGGACAUCAAGGUGGCCCUGGAUAUGGAAAUUGCAGCUUACAGAAAGUUACUGGAAGCUGAGGAGGCGAGGUUAAAUAUCUCGACUAGCCGGAUCAUAGCGAGUUCUUCAGGGAAAGACACUCCAAUAAGACGGACUCCAAUCCGGUCGAUGAAGCGCAAGAGAACAGUAAUGGAAGAGGAGUCGAGAAAGUCAUUCCAGUCAACUGCCCGGUCAACUGGUGAUAUUGAUAUUGUUGAGGAUUGUCCGGAAGGGAAAUUUGUCAAGCUGCAGAAUAAGAGUGAUAAGGAUUUUUCCAUCGGAGGAUUCCAGAUCAUCCGUACUGCUGGGGAGGCAGAGACCACGUACAAGUUCCACUCCAAAUCUAAAAUUCCAGCUGGCGCUUGUGUUACCAUCUGGUCGUGCGACACUGAGGCUACCCAUGAUCCUCCUCUCAAUAUUGUCAUGAAGAAUCAAAAGUGGGCUAUUGCCGACAACAUGACCACAAGGCUGCUCAGCACCAGUGAGGAAAUGGCAGUGCGUGAGAGCAAGCGGGAAACUGGAACAUACUCGUCCACCACCGAGAUAGGAUCUUACCCAGACCCCAAGGAAGAGGAGGAGGUAUCGCGACUAUACACUGGUUGCAUCCUCGCUUAAACCACCUACCUACCACCUAAGAGCUCCUCCUGCAUUCAGAAGUGUCCCGGGAAGCUCUCCUGAGAGGUGCAGCCUGAUGUGAGGGACGAGGGGUGGCAUGGAGCCCACCACCCGCACCCUCAACCCUACCCACCCCACAGUGUUACGUACAAACGACCUCCAUCUCCCUCUCUGAGCUGCACUCCUUAAGCUAGGCGGAUUGUCUCAUCCCGACAAUGUUGAUAAGGCCUAUAGGGCAAGAAGUGAAUUUCAGGACCCGAUUGAUUUGCUUUGUUAAAGGCAUUCCUUUGAUUACUAUUGUAUUAUUGUUUAUUUUGGCAGUAUUUUCUUUUUUCUAUUUACUGGUAAGACUUUUUCACCAUUUUGUAGUUGAAUCAAGUUGUACUGCUAAAUUGAACUGCUUUACUAUGGAGCUACUUUUUAUUAUAAAAAUGUAUAGACAGGUAUAAAGAUGAAUUUAAGGAGAAGACGAGUGUUUAUUGUAACUGUGGUGCCCUAGUUAUGUAGACACGUGUGUUGCUGCAGAAGUGUGAGGAGGUCAUAGGAGUGCUUUUAUAAAUUUACUUGUCGUAAAGGAGGCUUCAGACUCGACUUAAUUGGACAAAAAUCUGAGCUUCCCUCAGGUUGGUGGAUGAUGGUUGACUUCUUUACGAGGGGAUUAACUUCUCCUAAACGAGGGGAUAGUUUAGCUAGUGUGACGAGUCACUGAAUGGAGUUGUGUUUUCCGGCCCCUGGAAGGUUGCCAGGAGGGUGUUGUUCUUAGGACAGACAGACACAUACAAGUGUAGCAGCUUCAAUAACAGUUGUCUGUCUUUGAGAGAAUUGAAGCUGUCAUAUCCCCAAGUUUUGGGUAGGUAAGUAUUCUUAUAUUCAGUUUUGCUCGGAACUGAGUCUGCUUUUUUUAUUAGUUUUUGAUCCUAUCGUUUUAGAUUUUCUUGUAUUGGUUGCUUAAUAUUAAACCAAAUUAAUGUGGCGGGUCUGUCUGACAAGGUCAAGUAGUAUUUUUUAUUUUUUGCUUUGUAUGCUUGUCAUCGUAUAUAAGUAAAAAUUUACCAAAAAGAUUUAACGGCAAAUGUGCAAGGCUUACUAAAGAUUUCUGAAUAAGGAGGUACUUUUCUUUUGUAACUUGUGUGAUCUAGUUAGACGUUUCUAAUCAUGGGUACCAAAUUAGGCUGCUCCAGAAUUAUAGGAGGGGCCAUGUCAUUGGCAUAAAGAGAGUAUAUAAUAAAUUUUGAUUUGAAAUGUUUUUAUUUUAUUUUAAUGUAUUAGCCAUUUAGACAGUGCUCCACCAUACCCUAACUAUGGGUACUUCUCUAUAGGGUUGUAGUUAAAAAUUAAAGUGAAUCCAUUAAUUAAACGAUUUUAAAACCACUGAUGUGUACGGAGUGAUACAAGAAUGUGCGGAAACUUGGGUUGGAACAGGCAAAUUUGGUACGUAAAUUGAUAAUGAUGAUUGUGCCAAUAGAGAAAUAAGGAGUCUGAAACUGGAGUUGUAAGAGAUGUCUAAGCUUCUUCUCUGCAAGUGUUCACUGCCAUUAUUUUCCUAAUUGUAAGUAGGAGUGGCUGACGUAGUGGAAGUUUUAAGGAUACUUUUAAGGGGUUUCUUUGGAAAUGUUGACUUGACUUUUAGUUGUAUAAUUUUAGAUGUUAUACAUGUUUAGUUUUUUAUGGAACAUUCGUUAUGUAUAUUUUAAAAAGUUUUGCUUCGGCUGUAAAAGGAAUAAUUGUAUAUUCAUUUAAUAAGUGAAAACUCCAUGUAAAUGAUUCCAAGUCCAACUUUUCCUAAUAUGAUUCUCCAGAUAUCUGUAAGAUGAAUUAAUUUAGGAAGUUACUGCUACUAAAACUUUGGGGACAAUGACCUUAAUGCCACACUAAAGGGUGACAGUAUCCGCCGGUGUGUGACGGAACCAUCAUGGGGGGGAGGGGGGGUUGGAGUUCAGUCAUGCUGGGGUAAGUGGGAGCAUUCAAUUAGUGUCUCCUUGCAACGAAAUUUGUGUCGCCACUGGUGCCGAUGGGAGUCCGCGUCACGCACCGAGACCUAGAACGCUCGCCCACUAUUUUGUGUACUGGUGCCAUUGUUUUCUUUGCUAUUUGGUAAUAAUAUGCCAUCGUGCAUCUGAAUAGGGACAAGGUCUUUUGCUUUUGUUAACCAAUAUAUUUUUUUUCCCCUGUACUGUUUGGUGUCCCUCAGUUGAAAGUGAAGACAAAGGUCGUCACACCACUAAAUCUCCAAGUCUAAAACAGAAAGUCAUUUAGAAUUAGUAGCAUGGAACUAUUGUCAAUGAUUGUCAAGUGACUGUUUUGAUCCAAAUUUUUAUGAAAUUGAUCUGGCUUUGUAGCAUCCAAAAUGGUUCUAGUAGUGUGCCUUCAAUUGGAGAUUCUAUGGAUAAAAACAGAUUUCUAAUAUUAGACUGUCUAAGAGUAUGGAUUUACUUUAAUAAAAGUUAAUAGAGUAAA